GAGUAAUAAAAACUAUUUUAUCGACUAUUGUUGUACCGAAUCUGUGAUAAAAACUAUCAAACGUUAACCAGGUCCCAAAUCAUCGUUUUACCGAAUGUAAUUCAAAAAGAUUCAAUGAUUCUAAAUUCAAUGGCUAAGUAGAUUUAUACAAACUCUCAGUCCCUAUUUUAUCCCCUUAGGGGUAGAAUUUAUCAAAAUCCUUUCUAAAGAGACGUUUACGUCAUAAUAUCCAUCUGCACGCCUAUUUUCAACCCGAUCUGUGUAAAACUGACAAAACUUCAUACAAACGUUCAUCCCCUACAUUACCCCAUUGGAGGUGGAAAUAAUCAAAAUCCUUACUUGGGGAUGCCUACGUCAUAACAUCUACCUGCAUGCCGAAUUUCAUCUGCAUCGGUGUAAAACUGACAAAGCUUCAUAUAAACUUUCACCCCCUAUUUUACCCCAUCAGUUAAAAACUGACAAAGUUUCAUACAAACUUUCAUCCCCUUUUUUACCCCCUUGGGGGUGGAAAUUAUCAAAAUCCUUUCUUAGCGGAUGUCUACGUCAUAA